GUGUGUGCUCUUCUCGCCCAUGAACGGCCAGUUUCCCGAAGACGCUCUUACGAUUCGCAAACUGCGCGAAUCCUCUCCGGAUCUGCGUGAGCUCAACAUCGAUGGCGAGCCGACGCCGUCGCUUGUACGGGAAGUCUUGGCCGGUUUCGACGGGCUCCGCGACGUCAGCAUAUCUCUAUGCGCAGAUUUCUCAGUCUUUUGCGCCCUCGUCACGAAACCAAACCUACGGUCACUUCGCAUCGUGAAUGCGAUUGGCCCGUGGGCUGGGGUGUCCCAGCCGAUAACGGUCCACGACCUCCGCAAGCUAUCUGUGGGAGGGCAUGCCGAGGCCGACCUUGCCAGCUUGUUCAGGCUUACCCGCUUCCAAUCCCUUGAGGAACUCACCAUUCAGAUAUAUGCCCAUACAGCGAUACCAACAACGAUGGCGGGCAUCACCGCGCUCUUCGAUGACCUCUCCGGCGCCGUGUCCGCCAGCGAUCUCCAGACCUUGACCAUCAGCGGCACAUUCAGUAGCCUGGGCCCGCCUCCCGACCACCUGCCCUUCUUGCGCGACCUGUUGCCCCGCAUCCUCCGUCUCAGCACCAUUCGCUCCUUCCGCUUUUCUUCCGACAAUCCUCUCGCAAGGCUGGACGGCGCGGACAUUGAGGCGCUCGCACGGGCAUGGCCGAGGCUGACGCAUCUCCACCUCGACGCGGGUGCGUUCGAUCGGACCUCGACCGUACCUGUCGAUGGCCUCUCGCAUCUCUACAGCCACUGCCCGGACUUGCAGGAGGUCUCGCUGCCUGUUCUCUCCGUCCCUGGGAUCGGCGCACAGUCGUUCCCAACGCCCCCCGGCCGCUCGUCCCAUCGCUUGGGAUCCCUCUCAACUCAAGGCAUCUUCACAUCGCGGGGUGGCAUCUCGGAUGAGGAGGUGGAGGCUCUGGCGAGGUACCUGCUCAGGCUGUUCCCGCGUCUGAACCCCGAGACGCACCAGAAGGCACUCGAGCAAACCGAUGGGGCCGUCCCGGAGGGAUCACCGGACGCUCUGCGCAUCGACCCUGCGUGGUUGAAGGUCACCGAAUACGUCUACUCUAUUCGUUCUAAAGGUGACGAGUAUCCGCCACACUCCAUGUAG